AUGACAAUGGCUGUGAAGGAGAAAGUGCCAAUAUUGUACCUCCAGUUGCUGCUGAAGGAUGAUCUCUCAACUAGUCCUCAGGCGUUUACUCCCAUGAGCCCUUAUGAUGUAGACCUUCCAAUUCAAACAACUGAAGAUGUGUUGUUUGGUUCUCAAUUUAAUCAGCUGAAAGAGCUUCCUGCAGAUUUCUCUUCUGUGGAUCUCAGCUUUCUUCCAGAUAUUAGCCAUGGUAACAAAGAACAAAACCUAUCUGAAAAUAAUCAUGAAAUGCAAAAAGAGUUUGAUGGGUCAAUAUCAAGAAAUGAGGACAGCAGUAUUUUCAUGGAUGAAGGCAGCUUGUCCUAUCCAGAUGCAACUCAACCAUCUCCUGAAGCAUCUGGUGUGUGUCCUCCUCUGACAUCAAUGACUCCUAUGACGCCAGUGACACCUUCAUCGGAAAGCUCUGGCAUAGUUCCUCAGUUACAGAAUAUAGUUUCGACUGUAAACUUGGCUUGUAAACUAGAUCUGAAGAACAUAGCUCUGCAUGCCAGAAAUGCAGAGUAUAACCCAAAG